AACGCUGUCCGAGACAGCGUUUUAUGCCCUGUUUUUUUUUUUAAAUGAAACGCUGUCCGGGACAGCGUUUCAUGGCCAUAUAUCAGCAUGUUCACUUCAGCAGAAUGCGCAAGAACUCAACCUCAACCUCAACGCUUUCCCUCCUCCCUCUCACACUAAACCACGACCGUACUCAAACACCCGCAUUGCCGCCGCCGCCCACCCUUGCGCCACCGCUGCUGCCGCCACCUUGCUGCUGCCCUCCUCCCUCUCACACUCACUCACUCAAUUUCGUGAUACGAUGGACGGUGAAGAUCGUACGCCUGGACCCGUUGACCCUUCUGUGCUUACACUACAGGGCACACACCGCAGCGUUGCCGUAUGGGAUCAGACGGUUGAUCCGGCAAAGCAGCUCGUUUGCAGGCAUUACACCACCAGGUUCAUGGUGGGGUGGGGAAUCGAUCCUCGCGUUUUGGCGUACGUCGAGUUUGUCGGUUUAGGUGGUUUUCACCGUAUGGCGUAUAGGGAGAUCGAUCGAGCGCUUGUCACUGCGCUCGCGGAGAGGUGGAGACAGGAGACGCACUCCUUCCACCUACCUGUUGGUGAGACGACCGUUACGUUACGGGACGUGGCGAUUCUUACGCGCCUUCCAGUACAUGGGUCUGCGGUGACAGGACACGCGUUAGUCGAUCCCGUCGGUUUGGUUGGUCGGGUACUUGGUGUCCAGCCAGGUCCCGCCGAUAUUAGGGGAUCCGGGUUGAGGACCGGCUGGGUCCGUGAGACUUUCCGUGAGCUACCACCAGGGGCUGAUGACGCCCAGGUUUAGAGAUACGCCCGGGCGUACUUGUUCUUCCUCAUCUCGGGCGUGUUGUUCGGGAAUAAGAGCGGGAGCCAUCUCCAGCUCAUUUACAUGCAGCUGUUGGACCACGACUGGGAUCAUAUCCGAGGCUACAGCUGGGGUAGCGCCUGUCUGGCGACGUUGUAUCGCCAGCUGUGCAGAGCAUCCCACGUAGGUGCUAACGAGAUUGGAGGUCCCCUG